AUGAGCCACAAUCUCUGGCGCUUUCUUUUCGAAGACGAUGUCGAGUCCUUUCGGCAGUACCUGGCGAACGCCACCUUCUCCGCUGCCCCGAGAGGCACCACAAGCAGCCAGCAUGGAGGCACAUUAAGGAUUGGCAGCCCGGGGAAUCUGGCGAGUUCCCCAAAAACUCCUCUCAAACUGAGAAAGAGCUCUGGGCAUAUUCCCACAAGCGGUGGUUCGGGCAAGAAUGCUAGUGUCGUGCUCACCAGAGCCGAGGUGAAUGCGAGGGACAGCUUUGGAAGAACGAUUCUGCAUCAUGCUGCUUCUUCACGGUCCAAUAACGCACUCGCCUUUGUUAUGGCGCUGCUAAAUAUACCCUUUCUGGAUAUCUACAUUCAGGAUGCAGAGAGUGGCUGGACAGCUCUCCAUCGAGCGCUUUAUUGUGGCAAUAUCACGGUCGCGCAUGCGCUCAUGGCUCGAGAUAUUCAAGCGGUCGGCCAUUAUUCCACCAAUUCAUCAUUUGUCAAUGCUGGGGGUCUGGUAAAGAUCAAAGAUCAUGAAGGGAACAGUCCAUUUGAGGUGUUCGGACUAACAAUCGCCCCUCGCACACUUGAUCGCCAUUCUGCGACCUUGCCUUCUACACUUGAGGACGAUGACAGUGUCAACGAGAUGGACGUCGCUGAAAAUGACGGGAGUGGAAACGUAAGGCAAACCGUUCGUCCUUCAAUAGACCUUGCAGGAGAUGAAGCGGUCGCCUUUGGUAGCAACAAAAACCUGUCACUGGGACUGGGUGAUGAAGAUGACCGACAUUUCCCAGAGCGCAUUCAGCUUACACGACCGACACAGCUCCUUGAUCGUAUGCUAGAGGAUCAUCUGGCAUCGCGAGAAGAGAGUGGAGUUGUUGAAGAUCUCGCCUCCAGCACUGCCAAUGCUAGCACCCAUAGGGAACUUCCAGCCGUUGUCCGCCAUCGACCAAUCACUAUUCAAAAUGUGGUAAUGGCCAAACUCCAUACCGCGGUUUUAACAGCCGAUGCCGUUUCCAACCUCUAUAUCUGUGGCUUUGGAUCUGGCGGGCGCCUUGGUACUGGCGACGAAAACACCUGUUUCACUUAUCACUGUAUUCAAGCCGGUGGUCUAGCCAAACGCCACAUAUCUACCGUUGCGCUUGGACAGGAUCACACCAUUGCGGUCUGUUCCCAAGGCGAGGUUUACACAUGGGGCAGUAAUCGCCAUGGUCAACUAGGAUAUGCUCUUCCCGAAGUGGCCAAAAAUGAAAUUCCGACCCAGCUGGUCCCUCGCCAACUGUACGGCUAUAUCAAGAAGGAGAGCAUCAUUGGCGCAGCUGCAUCAUCAAUUCACUCUGUUCUCUACGCAUCGAAUGCGUUGUAUACAUUUGGCAAAAAUGAAGGCCAGCUUGGUCUCAUGGAUGCCGAUGCUCGUUCCUUGGAGACACAGGUUACUCCACGUCGGAUUGGUGCUUCUCUGAUAUACACUCCCAUCAAAUCUGUCAGUGCUAUCGAUCGAGCUACAAUUGUACUUCUAGACAAUCACGAUGUCAUCGUGUUUACUCACUAUGGCUACACUCGGGUGCCUUUCCCCUUGGAGACAUUUACCAAUUACUACAUGGCCGAACAUUUAUCGUUGAGAUACAAUCUAGAGCUGAACUAUAUUAAGCAGAUCACCGGUGGGGGAAACACUAUAUGUGCAAUGUCUUCUUACGGUGAAGUCUAUACAAUCGAGGUACCAAAAGUUUCAGAGGCCGUUCCCUCCGGCAUGUCGACGACAAAUCCAACGAAGGCCCGCAAUGCUCUGCCGCAGCCCUCGCGUUUGUGGUCUAUCCGAAAAGCACACAUGUCCGCUAUAGAUGUUGAUGUAGGCCAGGACGGCUCCAUAAUCCUUUGUACCGCGUCGGGCUCUGUCUGGAGGAAAGAGAAGCGGGCAAAAAUCAAAGUAGUCCGAGAAAGGGGGGUCGUCACUGGUCGUCGUCCGAAAGAUUACAAGUUUGUGCGAAUUCCUCAUUUGACACGAGCAAUAGCAGUCCGAAGCAAUGCAUUUGGUGCAUUUGCCGCUGUGAGGAAGGACUGCACUGUCACACGCGAGCAAAUCAUCCCCGAGGCGCAGUCGCUCUGGAAUGACGUCUUCCCGUUGCUCCCAUUUGCGAAGUUCGGCAUUUCGCCGUCGGACGGCACUGGCGAGAACGAUGCUGCUAGGAUUUCUCAAUCCAUCAUUACAAGCUCCGGGGCAGAAGUUGAUAUUGCGAACAUUUGUAAAUCCUACGAGCCGCUAUCGAAUAGCCAGUACGACCUCUGGGUCACGUCCAACGUCACAGACGUACGGUUCCCUGUUCACUCAUUCCUGCUGAAGGCAAGAAGCCGAGUCAUGCGAUCCGCUUUGACCGAGUUUCAAGAAACGUACUAUUAUACCAUUCCCGAUGUCAUGUCAAUCGAGUAUGGUCCGGAUGGCGAUGUUCAGCUUUCUUUCCAAGGCGCCGACUUUCUUACCCUGGCGAAUUUCGUCUUCUAUCUUUACACGGAGAAUGUGAUCGAUGUCUGGCACUAUACAUCGAAGGCCUUGCCGUCUGCCACCCGUUACCGAUCAGUGCGACUCGAAUUGAUGAAGAUUGCAAAUCAGCUAGAAUUGUCCCAGCUAGAGCGUGCUGUUAGGGUCAUGGUCAACCCUGCUCGAUGUCUCCACAGAGAUAUGGAACUGGCUAUCUUAGAUCCGGAUUUCUAUUCGGACGCUGAUGUCAUCAUCGAACUUGCAGAUGGAGCAGAACUACCCGCUCACAGUUCCCUACUGUGCAUCCGUUGUCCCUUCUUCGAUGGCCUGUUCAAUGGACGUGCCGGGGGGCGUUGGGUCGCUUCACGACGACAUGCAGCAGAUGAUCGGGCGGAGCCUGUCAGGGUGGACCUCAACCAUAUCGACGAAAGGAUUUUUUCUCUCGUCUUGCGAUAUUUGUACGCUGAUACCGGCGAAGGAUUGUUCGACAGCAUCGCCACCUCAAAACUCGACCAGUUCAUCGAUAUCUUGAUUGAGCUGAUCUCAGCCGCAAACGAAUUGAUGCUCGACCGUUUAGCGCAGAUCUGCCAGCAGGUGAUUGGUAAAUAUGUGACCAUCCGGAAUGUUUGUUCUCUCGUGAAUGUGAUCGCGGAGUGCUCGGUGGACAGCUUCAAGCGAGCUGCACUUGAGUUUAUCUGCCUGAAUCUAGAGAUCAUGCUCGAAUUGAGAUUAUUAGAUGAGCUAGACGAGGAACUAUUCGAUGAGCUCAACGACAUUGUCCAAGCGAACCAAUUGGCAUAUCUUCCAUUUGCGCGAAGUGAACGUGACAAGGAAGUGCUAUUCGACCGCCAUCCAGACUUGUAUGAUCAGAUUGAACUCAGCAAGCAAAGAAGGAUAGAUUCCAUGCGCCUCAGAUCAAGGCUGACUGAGGACGAGGAUCGGUUCGCCAACGCAAAGUUAGGCGUUGGCAGCCUCGAGCGAACCGCUUCCUCGCCGCUCUCCAGAGGCCAUAUGCCUACCCCGGCCGAUGUGUCUCCCGUGAUCACACCCAGUCCCAGUCCAGCAAUAGUGGCUGUUGAUGGCACGGAUGAUAUGCCCUUCGUCAUGGACGACGAGGACCCACGCCUGCUACCGGCGCCAGCCAGCCCACUGGACAAUUCAUCGUCGCCACAAAUGCCACCACGCCGACAAGGCUCUCUUGCACCGGCCCCACCAAGAGAAGCGGAGUUGGGGGCUUCUGCUCAAUCGACGCCGCUUGACAAAAGGAGCGCUGAUCACGAUGCUGUACUCCUUCUAGGUGGUCCGGAGUCCUCCACAAAAACGUCUAAUCGAUCCACAAACCUUAAAUUGGUGUGGCAAUCAAGCCACUCAAACAUCCAGAAGAUCGAUCUCAAGAAUAUUAUGGAGCAGGAUUCUGCUACUCGAGUAUCAAAUCUUACCCAAGAGAUGCAGAAAAUGUCGACUUCAACAAAGUCUUUGGCCAAGGUCUCCCAGAAAGAGCGGAAGAGACAACAACAGCAACAGGUGAGAGAGCAAGAAGCAAAGGACCAGCCCACAGCUCAGGUACCUAGCAAGACAGGAUCUGUGCCAUCCCCGUCGCCGUGGCAGACUGUUGCAAAACCGAUGAAGACUACUGUUCCACAAGUACCGCACGGAAAUGGUGGAGGGGUGGAUAUGGUGACACCAGUGCCUGUGAAGCCAUCUAUGACAAUGCGACAAACCGUUGCGGCAGCCAGUCCUAGUCCAUCAACUAUCGGGAAAGGGUCAAGCCGAGGAGCACCAUUCAUGGCGCCGACACUUCCGUCCAAAGCCGUUGCACCACAGAUUCAGUCGAUCCGACACAGUCCUGUUCUAUCAAGCACAUCAUCAUCAAUUGAUGCCCGUGCAUCGAUGGCAGAUAUACUUGCCCAACAACAAACUGAGAAGGCAGCGAUCAAGGAGGCUGUGGCUAAGAAAUCCUUACAGGAGAUUCAACAGGAACAAGAAUUUCAAGAAUGGUGGGACAACGAGAGCAGACGAAUACAAGAGGAAGAGUCACAAGCAGCUGCAAGCUCUUCUCGUUCCGGUAAGGGCGGACGUGGACAGAGCGGAAAUCGGCGUGGUGGCAGUGGGAAGGGCAGACCAGCGAAAACAGCAGCGGUCAGUCAGGAAACCGCCUCGUCCACCUCAGCCAAAACAUCUGAGGCUUCUGGCCGUGGAGGCAGUCGUGGCCAUAGGAGUAAUGAGCGGGGGAAGAGUCGUGGCCAAGCAGGCACACAGCAACGAGGGGCAAGGCAGCCAUAG